CACCUACCUACCAUCUACUUUCAAACACACCCUUUCUUUCUCUCCAUUCUGUCUUUCAUUAUUAUAUAUUAUGUUCGUCUUAGGGACAACAAACUUAAUAUUAUAUGUUCAGUACAAAUCAUCAAGCUUAAUGACCAUUUCUUUCGAAGCUUCUUUGCUUAUCCAUUCUUGAAGUGACCCAAAGGGAAAAAUAUCUACUUUUGGUGUUUUAUUUUUUCUUUUCUGACUAUAUAUAUAUAUAUAAGUUUCUAGUGUUGCAGCGAGGGAGAUAUGGAGUUUCCGAACGAAGCAAUAUCAGAAGGGUGUUCUCAGAAGAAAAGUGGAAGAGGGAAAAUAGAGAUCAAGCGGAUCGAGAACACCACCAAUCGCCAAGUUACCUUCUGCAAACGUCGCAACGGGUUGCUCAAGAAGGCUUAUGAAUUGUCUGUUCUCUGUGAUGCCGAAGUUGCUCUUGUUGUCUUCUCAAGCCGUGGACGCCUUUAUGAGUAUGCAAACAACAGUGUUAGAGGAACUAUCGAUAGGUACAAGAAAGCAUGCGCUGCUUCCACAAAUGCAGAAUCUGUCUCUGAAGCUAAUACACAGUUUUAUCAGCAAGAAUCAUCCAAGUUAAAAAGACAAAUCAGAGACAUUCAGAAUCUAAACAGGCACAUCCUUGGUGAAGCUCUUAGUUCUCUAAGUCUAAAGGAAUUAAAGAAUCUUGAGAGUAGAUUGGAGAAAGGUUUGAGCAGAGUCAGAUCCAGAAAGCAUGAGACAUUGUUUGCGGAUAUCGAAUUUAUGCAAAAGCGGGAAAUAGAGCUGCAAAACCACAAUAACUUUCUGCGAGCUAAGAUAGCUGAACACGAUAGAGAAGAACAACAACAGCAACAUAUGACAGGAAAUGUGUGCGAGUCCUUACCAGCUUCACAGACAUAUGACAGGAAUUUCUUCCCUGUAAACCUCAUAGAUUCCAGUCAUCAAUACUCACGUCAAGACCACACUGCUCUUCAACUUGUCUGAUAACCCUAUUUAAAAUUGUGGUGUGGGAUACAUAUCCCUAAGUCUCCUGAAGGGUGCCCUUCGAAUUUCCUCUGCUAAACUUCUUCCCAUGGAAACUUUAAGAAAUUAAAAUCAGCAUAUGUACUAAUAUAUCAUAUAUAUAUAUAUAU